GAAGAAGCAGCAGCAGACAGAAUUUCCUUCGACGAAGAAGAAGCAGCAGCAUCGAGACAACUUCAGAUCACAAACAUGUCAGGUCUUCUGAGAACCAUGACCGCCCGAGCUGCCCCUGUCCUGCGGGAACCCGCCGUCCUGCAGAAGGCGAGCCUGUUCACCAGACCCCCGAAGGAUAAGAUCGGGCCCCUGGAAACCUGCAUUGGAUUCGCCAUGUUCUCCCUGGCCAUCCUGGGACCAUCUGGAUGGGUCCUGGCCCACCUGGAGGAGUACAAGAAGAAGGCGGCAUAGAGUGGACAGCCCAGCCUGGUGCAUGGAUCCUGUCUCGACAAUGGACCACAACUUUUCUGUUUUACAUCUGAUAAAAACCUGGACGAGUCUUACCUGUUCUCUACCUCUGAGAGUUCCACUCCAGACCAUGUUACAACCCAACCAAACAAUGAUGUGUCGCACAUGUUUGUCGGCACAAUGACCACAUUGCAUAAUUAAACUUUAGUGUUCUAAAUCUCA